AUGAAUUAAGGCUGCUCAUAUAAAUAUUGCAUCAACACUAGCAGUACUGCUGCAAUUUACUCUUGUUAGUAUUGUUAGAUUCCCAAAUAUUGUUCCUAGAAGUGCAGGGAUACUGAUUGGUAAAUUGAGAUUGCAUUAUUGGAUAGGGCUUUAUCUCAUAAGAAUACUUGUCGUUCAAUAAAUGGGAAGAGUCAAACUGAACUGAAUGACUCUGCGUCCACCUUAAAAUCAAUUCGCAGAUAGGCUGAAGACUUCGAAAUAAUAAUCAAGGAUAAUAAGAUGGAAUUGGGAAAAGGUAGUUAUGGUUGUGUCAAAUUGGUCAAGGACAAAUAGAAUGGUCAGAUGUAUGCGAUGAAAGUGGUAACUCUUUUUAUUGAAGCUAGAUGAACAAGAAACAAAUAUUUGAGUAUUGUUCUGUUGAAAAUCUAAAGAGAGAAAUUAAAAUUUAAAGAAAAUUAUAACAUCCACAUAUAACCAAAUUAUUUCAUUACUUUGAGGACAAAGAAAAUGUAUUUCUUAUAUUAGAAUUAGCAGGUAUCAUAAACAUCCUAUAUAUUUAAGAGAAUGGAAGUCUGUUUAGUUAUAUAAGGAAGAGAAGGAGACUUCCGGAAAAUGAAGCCUUUGUCUACUUCUUCCAAACUUGUUUGGGAAUAGACUACUUACAUAAGAGAAAUAUAAUACAUAGAGAUCUCAAACCAGAAAAUCUGCUCUUGGAUAAGUAAGGCAAUGUAAAGGUUUGUGAUUUUGGUUGGUCAGCUGAAACAACUUAAAAUGGAGUCAGAAGAACUUUUUGUGGCACUCUCGAUUACAUGGCUCCAGAAAUGCUGACCAAUAAACCCUAUAGUUUCACAUUAGAUAUUUGGUGUUUGGGAAUCCUGCUAUUUGAAUUAAUCCAUGGUUUUGCUCCAUUCAAGGGGAAAACAGAAAAUGAAAAAUGCAACAACAUUAUUAAGAUGACUCCAAUCGAGUAUGAUCCAUUAUUAUCACUCGAAGCUAAACAGUUAAUAUAAGGAAUACUCAAGUAUAAUCCUAAUGACAGACUAUCAAUGAAUCAGAUCUUUGAGCAUCCUUGGAUGAAGAAAUUCUAUAAAAGUUAUGGAAUUGAUCUCAGAUCUUAUAUAAGUAAACAGGAUAAACACAACGAUUCAUCAAAUCGAUCCAUAUCUCCAUAAAAUGAUGAUAUUAUUACUAGGUCUUUUAUUAAAGGGCCAGCACAAAAUAGUAACAACGACUUAAAACCCUUAUCUAAAUCUUCUAAUUAUAUCUCUCAAAAUAACAGCAAUAAUGGAAAAUCAACUGCUUCUUCAAAUUACAACUAAGAGGAUGAAUUUAAGGCCAGAGUAAGUAGACUAUCUUAAAGAUAAUAAAUGGUUUAAGGGUUAAAGGAAAUUCAAGGAUAGCCAUAGAGACAAGAGGAACUCGGUUUUAUGGAUAAAGUAUUUUCAGCAUUUGGGUGUUUAAGUAGAGAUAAAUAAUCAAUAUAGUCUCAUAAUUAUUGA